UCCCCCUCGCUCGGCCCCCGAGGGAACCCGCGGGCAAAGCGAGCGGAGAAUGAACAAAUACAAAACAAUUGGUAAAAUUGGUGAGGGGACAUUUUCUGAUGUUCUGAAGGUUCAGAGUCUAAAAGAUGGACAACAUUAUGCAUGUAAACAAAUGAAACAGCAUUUUGAAAGUAUCGACCAUGUGAACAAUCUGAGAGAAAUACAAGCUUUACGGCGACUGAAUCCGCACCCUAAUAUCCUUACACUGCAUGAAGUGAUUUUUGACAAGAAAGCUGGUGCUGUUGCAUUAAUAUGUGAGCUUAUGGACAUGAACAUUUAUGAACUGAUCAAAGGGAGGAAAAAACCGUUGCCUGAAAAGAGAAUAAUGAGUUAUAUGUACCAGUUAUGCAAGUCUCUUGAUCACAUGCACAGGAAUGGAAUAUUUCACAGAGAUGUAAAACCAGAAAACAUAUUAAUAAAGCAGGAUCUCCUGAAACUAGGGGAUUUUGGAUCCUGUAGGAGUAUACAUUCCAAACAGCCAUAUACAGAAUAUAUAUCCACACGGUGGUACAGGGCCCCUGAAUGUCUUCUCACAGAUGGCUACUACAGUUACAAAAUGGACAUGUGGAGUGCUGGCUGCGUCUUUUAUGAAAUUGCAAGUUUCCACCCACUCUUUCCUGGAUCUAAUGAACUGGACCAAAUAUCGAAAAUUCAUGACGUUGUAGGUACGCCCCCUAAGAAGAUUCUUAAUAAGUUCAAGCAGUCAAGAGUGAUGAGCUUUGAUUUUCCCAUCAGAAAAGGGAAAGGAAUCUCUCCAUUUAUGCCUAGUUUGUCCAAUAAGAGCUUAACACUUAUGUAUGCUAUGAUACAAUAUGAUCCUGAUGACAGAAUCUGUGCCCACGAAGCACUACAGCACCCUUACUUCAGAGACUUGAGGUUGGCAGAGAAACAAACUUUGACCAUGCGCAGAAAAAUGAGAUUAGUAGAAAACCCAUUAGAAAGAGAAUCUCUCAGCUUGCGGCGUAUUUCAAAGGAGGAUCAAAGGCAGAACUUUCUUAGGCGAGCCCAGGAGAAUCCACUGGGACAUCAUGGACUUCCCUAUGCGGUACAGUUGCCAAAACUGACAGUUCCUGCAGUAACCAACUUGACUUCUUACUCUAAUCCUACAUUUCAGUCAGUUUUUACCCUCCCAGCAACCAACAGACAAGUCCAGGUGUUGCAGCCUAUAACAUAUUUUGGGACACAUUGCAAGUCUGAAAAGCAGAAUGAAUUUAAGUCUCCUGUGAAGCAGUACCACUUGCCUGCUCUGGAAAGAAGAGGCGGAGGAUAUUGAUGGACAAAGACUCCCCUGUGCUCUUCAUAGUCUUAAAAAGGUACACCAACGGCAAUAGUGCCUUAUUUCCUCAAAUGCUGCAGCAAGAAGCUACAAUAAUCUGUUUCUUUGGGACUUAACUUUUUUUUAAAAAAAGAGCUAACUAUGUAAGCACCAUUUUCGUAACUCAGAAUGCACUUCAAUUUAUUUUUAAGUUCACAAUACACAAAAAAUUGUUUUCUUUUAAGUGGAUCAUAUAUUUCACUGUGCUGCACUGGUAGGAAUGGAAUUGUUACAAUUUUAUAUUAAAUGCUAUGUUGUGUUUAUUUAUGACAUGUAAAACUGAAUUUGUGUAUUUUU